GAGAUUGUCUCUUUGUCCGCGCACACGGUUAUCUGAAACGUAACAGACAACUACAGUGAAUACAUUCGCGUUUGUUGUGUGAUGUAUGUGAAGACUUUGAUGGACAGUACUUGAAAUUGUCAUGAUGAUUUGCUACMGAAUAUUUCUAACUGUCAGCUCAGUACUGGCAAUAUCUAUUUUUGGAACAGCUCAAUCUUUAGAUGGCGAAUGUGCAUUACAUCUAACUGGUCCAGGGAGGACUAGUUUUUUUGAUUUUAAUAGUAACACUUUGAGAGGUGGUCCACUGUAUGGGUCAAACGGGUCAAUGAUAACUUAUGAAGCAGUCAACCAAGCAUACGUAGAUGCAAGAAAAAGAAUUAGUAACUAUUGGGACGGUUAUGACCCGAAUGUUAACCCCAACAUUCUCUCGGAGUUUUCUGCAGCAGCUUUUAGGAUUGGUCACACAUUUUUGCCUACUUCGAUUGAGAGAUGGAGCAAAGCUCAUAAAUUUAUAGCUUCUAAAAAAUURUCCGACCUUAUCCGCCGUCCAUAUGAUUUAUAUAGAGCUGGAGUUCUCGAUGAGUAUAUAAUGGGUUUGACUAAUCAAGUUGCUCAGGCUAUGGACGAUUCAGUAACACAGGAGGUUACGAACAUGUUGUUGAAAAAACCGGGCCAUAGGUUUGGAGUGGAUUUAGUGUCAUUUAAUAUCCAAAGAGGCAGAGAUUUUGGAUUACCCGGAUACAUGGAAUACAGAAAGUUUUGCGGCUUACCAUCGUCAGACUUAUUUCAAGAUUUAUCCGGAGACAUGCACAACUCCACUAUUCAUCGAUAUUCGACCAUAUACGACUCUCCAGAAGAUGUAGAUCUCUGGUCUGGUGGUGUAUCCGAAAAACCAUUACCAGGAAGUAUGGCAGGUCCGGUAUUUUCGUGUAUUUUGGCUACCCAAUUUAGCUAUGCCAAAAGAGGUGAUCGUUUUUGGUACGAACUACCYAAUCAACCAUCUUCUUUUACUCCAGAUCAACUACACGAAAUCAGAAAAACAAGAUUAGCCAGAGUUUUAUGUGAUAAUACCGAUUUGAUCGACACUAUUCAACUGUGGCCAAUUGUUCUUCCUGAUCAUGAAAUGUAA